AUGUCAACUUUUCUCGAGGGUUUAGGAAUGCCCAACUUGUUUCUCGAAUUGCAAGGUCUCAAGGGUGAUAGGCCAUUGUGGAUUGCAGACAUCGUCUCCUCACAGGAGGAGGAGGAAAUGGUGUCCAUAGCACAACAUUACACGGAGUGUCAGGAUGUCAUCCUAGUCAGUAUCAUUGACAUCCGCAAGUCCGCCCCUUACAAGUCACCUGAGUACUCACCUGAUACAGCAAAGGCGCAAAUUGGUCUAAAUGCCACUACUACAGACACCAGCCAUCUCGACUUGCUGCUGGAGCGAGGCAUGAAGGCGAUCCACAACAGCAUUGUUGAUUACGUUGUGCAGCACUGCCAACCUAUGGAUAACGAACUCAGCUCCAUCCGCCAAUGGACACCCCCGGCUCGCAUCUUUGAUUGGGACCAAGUAAUGAAGUACAUUUGCAAGGCCGCACUUAGGGAUGGGUACAGUUGCUACUGUCAGUGGCACGACACAACUAAGCGAAAUGUCGAUGAAAUCACGAAUCCAGAAAGCCAGGGUGAAUCUAACAAGAGGCCUAAGAGAGCUUGA